CGUCCUACUCUCGCUCUUUGGCUCGCUUCGGCCCGCUGCAAACAAUCUUGACCCCGGGCCAAAAAAAGAAAGGAAAAAAAGGCAUCUCUCUUUUGUUCAUUCGUCCCAAUGUUUGUGGCCUGCUUGCCUCUUUGUUCCAGUCUAGCCGACAUCGCGUUUGUUUCGUCGGCCCCCAUCUCUCUCUCUCUCUCGCUCUCGCGCUCCCCGUUGCAGGUUCACGCGGUUUUGCUUCUGCCGAUCAGUCGCACCUGAGCUUCUGUCCACCGGUCCAUGGCAUCUGGCAGCGCCUCCUCGUCAUCGUCACGAUCGUCACCGUCUGCGUCCGGGCCGAAACGACGGCUUGGUCGUCAAGCUCAUGACCAACGCGCGCGUCGACGCACCUCGUCCGUGUCGACGCUGCACGUGCUCCUCGUCCUACUGGCGCUGCGGGUCGUGAACGCGCUGACGCUGCGGACCUUCUUCGUUCCCGACGAGUACUACCAGUCGUUGGAGCCAGCAUGGCAACUCGCUUUCGGCCCGCAUAGUGGCGCUUGGAUCACCUGGGAAUGGCGGCACCAGUUGAGAUCCUCGCUUCAUCCCGUCCUGUUCGCGGCCGUGUACCGAGCCGCUGCUCUGCUCUCCGCCUUCCUCGACCUCACGCCCGCCUCAGAAGCGGCCGUCUUGCUCGUCGCGCCUAGGGUUGUGCAGGCCGUCUCCGCCGCCAGCCUGGACUUCUUCACGUGGCGACUUGGACGAAGAAUCUUUGGGUCAACCAGUCGAGCAGCUUGGACCAUUCUUGCAGUCAGUACUCUGAGUCCGUGGCAGUGGUUCUGCUCGACCAGGACGCUGUCGAACUCGCUCGAAGCCUCUCUUACCGCGGCAGCGUUAUAUUGCUGGCCCUGGGAUUGGAUGCUUCCGGCUCGCAACGACGAGCUGAAAAGUCCAAAUCCGUCCCGGACGUCGAGACCGUCCGUCGCAUCAUCCCGCGUCGACGAAGAUCGUUCAAGGCCGGGCCUGUCGCUGCUUCUCGCGGCCGUGGCAUCCAUUCUUCGACCGACAAAUGUGCUCGUGUGGAUACCAAUUGCCCUACAGACCCUGUCGAAGGUUUCGAGUCGACGUCGCUACGAGCUGAUCGUGAAGGCUGUUGUCAAUGGGACGGCAGUGGCUCUUUUCAGCGCCAUUGCCGAUCGGUCCUUCUACGGGUUCUUCACUUUUCCGCCCUUGCGCUUCUUGACGUUCAACAUCUAUCAAGAUCUAGCUGUUUUCUACGGUAGGCAUCGCCCUGAUUACUACCUGACCGAGGGACUGCCGCUCUUGUUGAUGGGCCUGAUCCCAUUUGUGCUCUUUGGCCUUUACAGAAGUGCUUCCAUCACCCUCAGCAACCGAGGGUCCGCGUCGUAUUCUCUGGAGACGAUCGUGUUGCCUAUCCUCACGUGGACCAUCUUUGCGGUCGUCUUCUUGAUGAGUUUGAUUGCGCACAAAGAGGCUCGCUUCGUGUACCCCCUUUUGCCGUGCCUGCAUAUCAUAGGUGGCACUUCGGUCUCGACGUUCACGCGCAGAGCGUCCAUAUGGAAAGGUUUCAUCCUUGGGGUCAUUCUUUCACUCCAUUUCUUUGUGAUACAGUACGUUUCUCGGACCCACCAACGCGGCGUCAUCGAGGUCAUGCACUUCUUGCGAGAACAGCACCAAUCCCGGUCAGACAAUGCACUCACCACAGCUGCGUUGCUUAUGCCAUGCCACAGCACUCCGUGGCGGAGUCACCUAGUCUACCGUAACAUUGACGCAUGGGCGUUGACGUGCGAGCCCCCCGUGAACAUGCCGCCUCAGGAGAGAGCAAAUUACACCGACGAAGCCGAUGUCUUUUACGAGGACGUCACCGGGUGGCUGGAGACAAACAUGGAGGAUCUGAAGCAGCUGAACAACGGCUUCAGCUUGCUCGAACAAGCCAGAAAGAUAGCAAACCAUAGUGAGCGGACAGUGAACGGUCACGUUACGGGCCGCAACCGACCUUGGCCGCAGUUUCUCGUGUUCUUUGAGCAAUUGGUGCCACAAAUGCAUGAUUGGCUUGCCACAAGCCCAUAUCAGGAAUGCAAGAGGUUCUUCAACACGCAUUGGCACGACGAUUGGAGGAGGCAGGGUGAUGUAGUCGUAUACUGUCUUGCCCCAGCUGGUUACGACGCUGCAGAUCGAUUUCGGCCCGUUGACGCCACCUAAAAUUGUAUAUUAUUUUUUUUUACUCAUCCGCUCUUGGUCGCAAAAAAACGGUAUAAAGAAAAGAGAAACAAAAAUAGACAACCAGUCCACACGCACAUACACACACACGCGAUGUCAGGGCGGCGUUGUCCCUCAAGGCUGUAGCCUUGCCUCAUUCGUCCUGGUGCU